GUCUGCUGUCAGCACGGACACAUAAAUACCUGGACAUCCAGAUUCUGCUUUCACUGUCAGACUAUCUGCAGGUGGAAGACUGAAGAGGAGGCUGAGAGACGCCAACAUGGUCCCACUGAGGCUGGUCAGCUUUGGCUUGCUUGCUGCCGCUUGGUAUUUCACUCGUGCUGCUGAGGGAGAAGUGAUCUACGCCUGUCUCAAUGAAACCGCUGAGAUCUCAUGUGAUGUUGGCGCUAAGAUAAAGCUGGAUCACAUCCUGUAUAAGGUCGGGGUGGGGACGAGGUGUGGGGAGGGAAAAGCCUUCCCAGACGACGGCCCGGACACCUACUGCUCCUUCCCCUGGGCUGAGAUGGUGGUGGAGGAUCUCUGUGGUAACAAGAGGUCCUGUAAGGUCCCCGUCACUGAGCUGGUGUUUGGUGAAUAUCCCUGUAAGGAGCAGACCAGGUACAUGGAGGUGGCCUACAACUGCGCCACACCACCACCUCCUCCACCUCCACCACCGCCUCCAACCAAACCUGACUGUGAAGAUAAAUCAACCAAUGAAGCCUGAUGCUUUUAAAAUGUGAUUGUUCAUCACCGUGCACAGAACAGUAUGAAGACACAUCACCUCCAUUUAUAACAUCAGUGGGUUUAGACACAGAACUAAAAACCAAAUGUUGUUGAGCAACAUCUGCUUGUUCUUUACUGUUUAACCAACCAGAAACAAUCUGAUAUUUUAGAUCUUAAAAUACAAGUUUCCCGCAGUUUCUGAGAGAAGGCAAAAGUGUUUGAAUAAAUAUAUCUGAUCUUAGUUACUCGAGAAGCAUUUUAAAUGAAUAAAAUCAAUG